AUUUCUACUCUGCAAAGUACCCCAAGGUGAUGUCUUUGUCCUUCCAUCACGUGGCCAAGCGCUUGGUCCAGCAGCUGGCUGCCUCCGGCAUGGGCCACGGGGCAAGGGAGAUGGUGCUGGGCACCUUGGGAAAGGCGACGAUUUUGCGGAUUCCCCCUGAACUCCAGAGCAUCACCAAGAACUUCGGGGAGGCUGUCUGGAAGCGGGACACGGAGGACCCACAGAGGAAGCUUGUCCUGCUCAAGUACCUAGAUGGCAACUACACCAACUACAUGCAGGGACGAACUCGCUUCCAUGAGUCAGACUUCUCCCUGGAAAUUCUGAACACCAGCCGGCAGGACAGACAGCUCUACGAGUACUUAGUCAGCAAGGGGUCGGAGGAGAAAGUCUGGCAGAUACAGCUGGAGGUGUAUGAGCCGGUGUCCAAUCCCAGCAUCCAGAUCCUCAACUGGGUGCUGGCCAACAGCAGCUGCACCAUCACCCUCAACUGCACAGCGGAGCAAGGGGACAACGUCUCUUACAGCUGGGGCAGCCAGGACACCAGCACCUCGGGGCUCUGCUCCCACAACGGCAGCCUCCUGCACCUCUCCUACUCCCUGCAGAAUGCAAGCAUUGCCUGCGCCUGCACGGCCAGCAACCCCGUCAGCAGCCAGGUCGUCCCCUUUGACUCCUCCGAGUGCAGCUACGAGCAAGGGGGCAGCACCAGGCUGAGGACAGAGCAUCUCGUGCUGAUGGUGGUGCUGCCCAUCGCUGCAGUGAUGAUGCUCACCGGCUUUGUGGCCACCCAUUUGGCCAUGCCCGUUGCCAGCCAGGAGCAGGAGCACUCGCCGCUUGCUGAGGACAGCACGGUGCACACCAUUUACUCCCAGGUGCAGCGGGUGGAGAAGCAGAAAGGGACCCCCAUCACCGAGCACCCCUCCUGCACCACUAUCUAUGCUGCAGCCACCGGCCUGCCCCUGGACACGGCCCCAGCCCCCAGCAGAGCCCCACAUCCCCCACGCAGCCCCUCGGCAGAGCCGCCUGCCCUGCAGGGCCACCCACCCCUCUCGCCGAGCCCCGACAAGGAGCUCACAACAGUUUACGCCAGCGUGAUGAUGCCCAUGGCCUGA